AUAUUGCGACAUCAUCUGCAGCUACCGCGGGAAUGUAGUUUUUGACACCAAAUAGGUGUUAUUUACAUAGUCAAAUAUUUUUUGUACGAAAAAUGUAUUUAUUGUAAGUGUCAUUUUUUUUCGGUCGAGAUCCAUCUCACUGGUUAUUUCAUAUGUCUGAUAUUAUGGACAUAUUUGGGCGUUUCAUUGUGAAAUUGCUCUUCCGGGUGCUAGCCAGUUAGCUAGCUAAAUUACUCAACUAGUGUCACUUCAGGGAAAUGUGUUCCUUGUGACACAACGGAAACAUAAUUUCACAGUGGUUCACAACCCCAAGAGUUUGUCCUUUAUUGCCGUGUGUUAAUCGAAGGCCCGUCUUAUACAGGAUUCCUUCAGAAUUUGGCCUGCUUUCGAAGAGUCGCGAUCUGUGAGGGCUGUUCUUCCAUGUUGUUUCAGGCAGCAUUGAAGCCUGGCCACAGUCUGAUGGACUGGAUCCGUGUGGCUAAGAGUGGCCGGGACCUGACAGGGAUGAGAGGUAGACUCAUAGACGUCACAGAGGAGGAGCUGCAAAAACACAACACACGGGCGACUGUUGGACCUGCAUACGAGGCAUACACAUGGAUUUCCACCCUGGAGAAGAAGAGGAACUGAUGAAGGCAGCUGGGAUAGACGGAACAGACCUUUUUGACCAGAUCUACCGGUGGGUGAACUAUGAGUCCAUGUUAAAGGAGUGUCUGGUAGGGAGGAUGGCUGUGAAGGCCAGCACUGCUCUCAAAGCUCAGUCUGUGAUAAAGGACAGCAUCACUCAUUUAAAUGGUCUAGCUCCCCCUCCUCCGCCCACCUCCAUGCUCCCUCCUGCUUUCCUCACCCCUCCCUCACCCUCCUCAUCACUGCAACCCUCAGCCGCCCCGCCACCACCCCAACCCAGGUUUGACUGGUUUCAAACUGAUGUCACAGUCAAUAUUGUGGUUUACACCAAACGGAAGCUCCCCAGCUCUGGCUGCACCAUAGUUGACCUGCAAGAUGGUGUUCUACGGGUGGAAGUUCUUCCGGGGAAAAUGUCCUACAUGCUGCGUCAACGUCUAGCCCAAGAAGUAGAUGGAAGCGCUGCUGUCCACACAGCGUGUGCUGUGGGGAAGAUUCAGGUCAGCAUGCGUAAAGCGGCCAAAGGAAAGUGGGAGGAGCUUGGUGAACCACUGGAAUUCCAUGAUUCUCUUUUCAGGAGGAAAGAUCGAGUGAUCUUCUACAGGGAGUGUAUGUUAGUUUCUAAGACGGAGGUCACACACGACACCUGGGUGUUCCGGUUACAACUCCCUCUAGGGACACUCAUGCACUUGCCAGUUGGGAAACACAACUACCUCAAGGCCCUCAUUCAAGACAGUGAUGUGGUGAAGCCCUACACGCCAGUCGAGGAAACACUGGUACUAGCUACACUGCACUCCACACAGGGGACUGCAGCCACUGACAUCUUCCUCAUGAUCAAAGUCUACCCAGAUGGAGUGUUGACUCCACACCUAAACAACCUCAACAUCGGUGGAGUAUAUUCUGUCAGAGCCGUGUGAUUCCUGGACAGGCAGGAAGGGGCGGUUUGAGGCCUCCAUGCUGACUGACUUCCUGGUUAGGCCUGAGGGGUCAAAGGUCUUUGUGUGUGUGUGUGGUCCCUCAGCCUUCACCGAGCUGACUGUGGGGUUGGUGAGACAGCAUUGUUUCAGUGAAGAGGAGUUUCAUGAGUUCCAGGGCCCGAGUGUCAGUCUCAGACCUGAUAUAUAUAUAUGUGUGUGUGUGUGUGUGUGUGUGUGUGUGUGUGUGUGUGUGUGUGUGUGUGUGUGUGUGUGUGUGUGUGUGUGUGUGUGUGUGUGUGUGUGAGAGAGAAAGAAGACAAUUUGUGAGAGUGUCUGGGAGAGAAGAUAUGUUGUUAGGCUGCAGGCCAAUGUGUUUUUUGGCACAAUGUCUUUCUAUGCACUGUAGACUGAACUGAUGGACUGACUCCUGUGGUUAGCAGCGAUGCCAGAGACCCACAGAGGCUCUUUGAAUCGGGAAGGAAAGCAGCUCUGUCUCUCUCUCUCGCUCCCUCUCUCUCUGUGUGUCUCUGUCUCUCUCUCUCUCUCUGGUGAGAGAUGGACAGUCAUUCUCUCUGGUCGCUUAGGAUGUGACCGCUGGGCUCUCUGAGCUGGUGAAUCACACACAAAGGAUGAAUGCCCAAUUACCCAGCAGCACUGAACCCUCAGGUCAACAUCAUCAGCUCACUGUCUGUCUAUGUCUGUACCAGAGCUUUUUGAACCAUCCUGUCCUUGUACACUCCUAUGCUCUGACCACAGAGAGAGAGGUCUGGGGUUGUUUAUGAGAGGUCACUACCAUGACCACAGAGAGAGAGGUCUGGGGUUGUUUAUGAGAGGUCACUACCAUGACCACAGAGAGAGAGGUCUGGGGUUGUUUAUGAGAGGUCACUACCAUGACCACAGAGAGAGAGGUCUGGGGUUGUUUAUGAGAGGUCACUACCAUGACCACAGAGAGAGAGGUCUGGGGUUGUUUAUGAGAGGUCACUACCACGACCACAGAGAGAGAGGUCUGGGGUUGUUUAUGAGAGGUCACUACCAUGACCACAGAGAGAGAGGUCUGGGGUUGUUUAUGAGAGGUCACUACCAUGACCACAGAGAGAGAGGUCUGGGGUUGUUUGAGAGGUCACUACCACGACCACAGAGAGAGAGGUCUGGAGUUGUUUAUGAGGAGUUCUGAUCAUUAAAUCUUCCUUUUGUUGAAGAAGUAAUGAGAAUUUCCAACCUGCUGUUGGUAUAUACCCUCCCACAGAGAGUUAUUAUUAUUCAGAUAGUUGUUUUGGUUGUGCUGCUGCUGUUUCGUCUGUUCUGCAGCCUGUGGUUCUGUUUGAGAGAGACUGAUGGUUAAGCAGACCAGUCUUCAGUAUCAGAACUUUUUCUCUCUCACUCACUCACUCACUCACUCACUCACUCACUCACUCACUCACUCACUCACUCACUCACUCACAGGUUGAUGUUGUAGUACUCACAGUAGGUGAUACAUACCAAUGGGAAUACAUUACGCAAUACAUUACACACCUAUGUAAAUGUAUUUAAAUCAUGAAAUGAUAUUUUUAUUAAAUGUAUUUAUUUAAUUCAUGAAUACCUCGAGCCCACAGUGAGUAAGUGUUUGAUGCAGUUAGAUUAUUCUAAAAUGCGUCUGGGAACCCUGACCGUGCGUCCUUGACUCUUUCUCACUCUUGUGAAAUACAUGAGGUUGGUAAAGGCACCAACUAUCGUGAUUUCUCCUCGUGGAACAUCAAACUGCCAGACCGAACUAUGUCAAUCCUGCAGAGUUCUAUGAGAGAGUUCUAUGCUAUGAGUGCUCCCUCUGAUGUAGCUCCGCUAUUAACCUAAUAAGAGGGGCUCUUAUCUGGCCGUUUCCAGCUGCAGUCAGUCCGUCUGCCUCUUCAGAUGUAUCCUUUCAGACGUCAUUACUGAGUCAAUCUGGGUGAAAAUGGAACAAAAUGUCCAUGAAAUUGAAGGUGUAUUUUCAUGAAAUCUCGUAGAUGUCGUUUUGGAGGAAGAAACCUUUAUAUUGGACAUUGGUAUCUAUUAAGGAUGUCCAUGAAUGUAUGCAAUCUUGGCCUUUUCCAUUUUUUCCUCUAAUUUAUACUCUCUAGAUCGUAUGGAAGGUGCCAUUUAAAAACCAAACCUUGUGUGGCAUUUAUUUUUUAAUAACAUCAAAGGACAUAAUGUCAUGGUCAUUUUCUUCCUUUUUCACACAAAAUGAAUAUCUGAAUUUCUUACCACUGAACAUAACCAUUUGAAAGAUCACACCUGUCAAUGUAACACUCAAGGCCAUGCUACGUGCAAUACUACAAGUCAAGCUUCUAUGGAUGAAAAGUACUUGAUGAAAGUACCUGUUUGUUUUUGUUAUGCGAAACAAUGACUGAAAUGUGUUGGGUUCUGGUUUUUAAAGAAAUACACAAGCUGAUUAUUUCGAUUGGUUUUGUAGCUCAUCUAAUGUUGAUCUAACCACAUCUCUUUUAAUACAUAUCCAGCUCUGUACAUCACGCACAUUAUAACUAGCAUAUCAGUCGUAUGAGCUGUCCUGAAGCAAAUGAAAAUAUGCACUAAACAUUUUUGUUGUGUUGAGA